AUGGUCAACCCCACCGUGUUCUUCCAAGUCUCCACUGAUGGUGAGCCCUUAGGCUGUAUCUUCUUCAAGCUGUUUGCAGACAGAGUUCCAAAGGCAGCAGAAGACUUCCAUGCUCUGAGCACUGGAGAGAAAGGUUUUGGAUAUAAGGGUCCCUCCUUUCACAGGAUUAUUCCAGAAUUCAUGUGCCAGGGUGGUGACUUGCCAUGCCAUAAUGGCCCUGGUGGCAGAUCCAUCUACGGACAAAAAUUUGAGGAUGAGAACUUCAUCCUGAAGCAUACAGGUCCUGGCAUCUUGUCCAUGACAAAUGCUGGACCAAACACAAAUGGUUCCCAGUAUUUUAUCUGCACCGCCAAGAAUGAGGGGCUGGAUGGCAAACACGUGGUCUUUGGAAGACAAAAGAAGGCAUGA